GCCAUUUUUAUUGCAUUGUAUUACCCUUCUUCCAUUUUCAGAUUCAACCUCCCAACGCAGCAUGGACCCUUCCAGCUUCUUCACCCGCUCCUCGUGGAACAUGGAAGCGCUCUUCAAGGCCAACGAUAUCAGCAUCCCCGUCCAACAGCAUCUCGUCCGUGUGUACACGGCGCUGGCGGCGACGCUCCUUGCCGCAGCCGUCGGCGUCGGCCUCGACAUGGCGUACGACCUCGCGGGGAUCACAACGGUGUGCGCCACGGUCGGGCUCAUCUUUGGCCUCUUCUUCGUCGAGAAGCACCUCGUGAUGAAGCGUCUGGGUAUGCUCAUGGCCAUUGCGACCUGCACGGGCGUCAACAUUGGCCCGCUCGUCGCGACCGCGCUCAACGUCGACCCGGCGGUUGUCGUCACUGCCUGCUUGGCGACGACGGUGAUCUUUGUGUGCUUCACCGGCAGCGCCUUGAUCGAGAAGCGCCGAUCGUACAUGUACAUGAUGUCGUUCAUCUCGUCGGCGACGAUGGUCAUGUCGCUCAUCUCGCUCGUCAACCUCUUCUCGCGCUCGAUCGCCCUGUACAACGCCCACUUGUACAUGGGCCUCCUCGUUUUUUGCGCAUACGUGCUCUUUGACACGCAGAUGAUCAUUGAGAAGGCGACGAUGGGCGACACGGACUUUGUGCUCCAUGCGCUCGACCUCUUCCUUGACUUUGUCAACAUCUUUGUCCGCUUGGUCGUCAUCCUCCUCCGCAACAAGGAACAGAAGGACAAGAAGCGCGAAUCGCGCCGCUAAGCGCCUCCCGUGCUGUCGCGCCGACACUCAAGACCUUUAAGCAGGCUUCCAUUAAUACUACCAUUUCAAGUACGAGCCGGAUGCUCUGGGGCCACUACGGCAUGCAGCGUCGUGGCAUGUUGCUGCAGCAUCCAGUUGCCGUUUUGCGCCACGGGCUUUGCGGCUGGAGACUACGACAUGCACGACGAGAAUGAGGCUACCGGUGCGAGUGUACGCUGCGUCGUUGGCAAGUCGCAAGGGACUGCAGCGCGGCAAGCCCCGUUUGCACUAGAGUAUGCAUGUACCUCGAAAGUCGAGUUUUGGCUAACAGCGCUUGACAUGCAUUGUUCAGA